AUGGCAUCUUUCAACAAAUUAAAAAACGUGCUAAUGCUGGCAUUUGACUGGAUUCUGUACAGUACUGGUGCUGCAGAUACCUGCCAAGUCACUGUAACGCAGCCCAGAUUUCAGGAAGCUGACUACUCCAUGAACACUGUGCACCUAACAUGUGCUUUCUCUGCCUCUGGGUGCUCACUCCCACUUCAAGUUCUAUGGUUUCGUUUUUUAACUAAUAAACAUGAGGAUUUGUGUACUCCUGAAUGCACAGAUCAUCAGAAGUACAAAGUAUUUCGAGUAUCAGAAAAUAACUUUUCACUUCAGAUCAAUAAUCUGACCAUAGACGACAAUGCUGUUUAUAUCUGUGGAAUAGCAUAUUCAGAUUCAAGUUCACCCCGUUCUAAACAAACAGGAGAUGGAACAGUACUAAUGAAAACAGAGAAGCAGCACAGCAAUGGAAAAUUCAUCUUCAUGAUCAUCGCCUCAUCCUUACUGUUUCUAUACAGCACUACUGUAUUCACAUUCUUUGUAAUCUACAAGUUGAAACCAAAGCUGCUAAGGAAAAGUGGGAAUGAAGACCAAAGAGCAGAGGACUGUAAAAUCAGUAGCGGACAAAAAAUUUUUCAAGCAAUUGCCCAAGAACUUCAAAAGCAGAGGUACGCUGAACAUUGCCAACAGCCUGAUGAUUUGGAAGAUGACACUGUUUAUCAGAACAGAUGA